AUGAUGUUGUAGUUUGAGUGAUUUUCUGUCUCUGAUGUUUGCGGACAUCUUAGCUAGAUCUCUUUCACUCGUUUCUGUUUAGGUGGAGAUCAGGUUCAAAUUGGCAGAUGCCGAAUGGCUAUCGGACGAGUUAAAGGAUGGUCUCGCCAAACGUCUUGCGAAUAGAAUAAAUGCGAAAGGAGAGCUCAUAAUUGAGAGUGAUCGGACCCGUGAAAGACAUCUGAACCUUGCUGAUUGCUUUGACAAGCUUCGAUCAACGAUUUAUGAUGUUGAAAGAAAUCUGCAUGCGCGUGAGGAAACCGAAGAGGAUGCAGCAAUCAUCCGGAAGUCUUGCGGCGGUACCUGUGGGGAAUCUUCCCGUGACAUAGACCACACAUUUCUACAAAAAAGGCACAGUCGCGGAGUUCAUUUGCGUCACAUUGACAAUCGGUCCAGAGCGAACACUUCUGGAUCUGAGAACACCGUCCAGCUCACCGCGACGCCGUUCUUUUUCCAAUAG